CCCCGGCCAACCCAGCACCAGCCCCGGCCAACCCAGCACCAGCCCCGGCCAACCCAGCACCAGCCCCGGCCUCCUUACCUCCACCUCCAGGCCCUGGGAAGGACUCCACCUCCACCCCUGUACCCUGUGAAUCCAGACCCAGGAGCUCAGACUCUGACGGAGCGUUCGAGACGCCAGAGUCAACCACCCCUGUCAAGUCCCCCACGGAGACAGACCCUCAUACCCAGCUGCUGACCUCGGAAGACACCGGUCUUCGCUGUGACUCUGAGGCAGACGGUGAACCCGGGUCAGAGGCUAAAGGUCACCAUGGUAGCUCCCUGUCCAUAGUCUUUGACGAGGACAAGCCCAUAGCUGCUAGCGGAGCGUAUAACCUAGACCAGCUCAUAGCUGCUGCUGCUGCUGCUGCUGCUGCUGCUGAGACCCAGAGCCGAUCAACUCUGACCCGCUCUCUGAGCCUCCAGGCUGGGGAGCUCGACGGCUCCGGCCCCCUAGACGGCGGAGGAUCCUCCAUCUCAAGCGGAGACUCCCGUCCCUUAGCUGAGGCCUUUAGUGUUGACUGUGGUACUGAGAGUGCUCCAGGGACUCUCCGCAGACCCUCCAAGAAGGGGCCUCUCCGCCCAGGCGGCUCCCUGAAAAAGAAGCCUCUCCCCAGGCAGAGCUCUAACCUAGAGAGCCCCCAACUGCCGUCCUCUGGAACCACACCGGAGCUGGAGAAGAGUGCCGAGCCCACCAGAGCAGCCAGACCCCUAUUGGUCUCUGAGGAUCUGGAAGUAGGAGGAGUCACAGUAGACUCCGCCUCUCUCACUGAAGAGACCAAUCACACUAGCCCAGAGACAGAUAAUCAACUAAUCCUUGCCCCUACUUCUAUUCUGACCCCGACCCCAGCUAUCUCUAUACCCAACCGACAGAAGGACACCCCCAUCUCCGUGCCGGAGGCCCCCCCAGGCAGCGAAGGCUCUCCCCUCAGUGGGACCUACAAAUGGGACCCAGACAACUUUGAAGACAUCGACCCAUUCAACAACGAAGGAGUCGUUAACUCCCCGCCGUUGGGUAGUAAGGGAGGCGUGCUGUCCGUUGUCUCUAACCCCCCAGAGCCCCCUAACGCCAAGCCAACUCUUCCCUCAACCAGCCCCCCUAUUCGAACCUCAGGGGCGGUCAGACUGGAGUUUGACUAUUCCGAGGAGACCCUCGAGGAGCCUCCCAAGGCCUCUCCACCACCCAAGAAGCUGGGCAAAAAAGCAGGCUCCAAGAUGCCUCUAAGGAAGCCCAGGAUGGGUCUGAGGAAGGCCGUCCAGCCCCCAUCUGAACCCCUAGACAACAGCCCCGAUGACAUCCCCGUCUCUAAGCCCUCCUAUAACUCUGACCCGGCUCAGUGGGACGACCCUAACUUCAACCCGUUCGGCUCUAACAGCGGGAUCCCUAUCUCUCCCGAGCUGAACAAACCCUCCUAUAGUUUUGACUCUGACACCUUCCAUGAGUCAGCUGUCAACUCCUUCAAGGGUUCGUCCAAUAGGACGGCUGCAUUUCCAUCCAAGGCUGCCUCUGGCUCCGCCUCUUUCGAGGUGUCGGCCAAUGACGACGAGGUUGAUAACGAUAACGAUGAAGUUAGGGAGCUGGAGGACCACAACCAAAACAAACCGGCCAAGACCAAGAAGAAACCAAUCAAAUCUAAUACUUUCAGAGUCAAGAGGUCCCCAAAGAGAUCGCCUAUGUCUGAUGUAUCAUCACAAGAGCCCACCCCAGUAGAUGAAGCUCAGCCUCCUAUCCCCCCGCUACAGGACGACCACGCUACAGACGAAGAGAAGCUGGCCUCUUCCUCCAAUCAAAAAGAGAAGCUGGUCUCCUCAGCCAACCACAAGUGGGCAUCCAGGGAGGCAGAGAUAACCUCUGACCCCCAUGAGAACUUCCCUCAACCCUCUGACCUCACAGCCUUUGUCAACAGUCGAGUGUCCGACUAUGAGAUUGAGUACAUGGAAAAGAUUGUCUCUUCUUCAUCGAAACCUUCCGCUCUCUACUUGAAGCUGGACUCUGUGACAGACCCUAACCACAGAUCAGAACCGAACUCUCCCUGCACAGGGAGCUUUGAGGAGAUAGAGGCCCAGAUCACAGCCCAGAUGAAGACCCCGGUGCUGGGCUCUCGGCCCGGUCCGGAGGGGUCUCGGCCCGGUCCGGAGUGGUCCUCUGGAGAGAAGGAGAAGACCAGGAAGAGAGAGAGCCGGUCACUCAGCCGGACACAGAGCACAGACAGGGAUCAUGGACUGCAGAGAGACAGAGAAGUGAUGUCAUCAACAGUGGACAGGGACAGCAUGGUGACCAAGAAUUGCCUUUACACCCAGACGGCGAGCUACGGAGACGGGGAGAGGGAGAGUCCCUACCUAUCCAAAGACCUAGAUUACUCUCUGGGCAUUGCACGAGAAGAGAUCGUGUUCAAGGAGAAGGAGGUACUGGAGUGGCAGAGGAAAUACGAGGACAGUCGACAGGAAGUGCUGGAGAUGAGGAGAAUCGUGUCAGAGUAUGAGAAGACCAUUGCACAGAUGAUUGGGCUGCCAGACGAUGAGCAGAAGGAUAAGUCUCUGUCUCACCACACCAUCCAGCAGCUGACCGUAGAGAAGGACCAGGCUCUUUCAGACCUCAACUCAGUAGAGAAAAGUCUGGCUGAACUGUUCAGACGAUACGAGAAGCUGAAGGACGUCCUCGAGGGCUACCGCAAGAAUGAGGAGGUGUUGAAGAAAUGUGCUCAGGAGUACCUAUCCCGGGUGAGGAAGGAGGAACAGCGUUACCAUGCCCUGAAGAUCCAUGCCGAGGAGAAACUAGACAGGGCGAACUCUGACAUCGCCCAGGUGAGGAUGAGGGCUCGUCAGGAGACAGCAGCGUACCAGGCCUCUCUCAGGAAGGAGACCAUGAAGGUGGACUCACUGGAGAGAACUCUAGAGCAGAAGAACAAAGAGAUCGAAGAGCUGACCAAGAUCUGUGACGAGCUGAUCGCCAAGAUGGGGAAGAGCUAGCAAUGCUGAACACGUCCUGCCCAUGUCUUCAGGGCCUCAGGGGGACUGAGUGGUCGAGGAAAACAGAAGAAGGACAGAGAGAGGAAGCUUCCUCUUCUACUUCCAUCCCUGGACAGAUGGAUUUGACGGACAGCUGAGGAUGACAGACUAUUUCCAUGUAUCUACCGGCAACAUCGCCCCCAAGAGUAUUGGAGGGUAACUCCAGGUCAAUGGCUUCCUCACCAUGUACAGUUUGAUGUGCCAAUGUGUACCACAUAUCCUGUACCAAUGGUUUGAUGAAAGGGACUUAAAAAUGGUUGUCAUGAAUGAGAGAGAGAGAGUGUGUGAGUCGUGGGUGGUUGUGUGUGUGUGUGAUAGAAAGAAAGAGCAUUGAUUGAAGACAUCAAAAAGAUGUGAAAGCCUUGGAUGAAAAGAAAAACAGCAAUAUUGUGUGUGCAUAGAUAUAUAUAUAUAUAUAUACACACACUGAGUGUACAAAAUAUUAAGAACACCUUCCUAAUAUUGAGGCCCUCUUUAGCCAUCAGAACAGGCUCAAUUCGUCAGGUCAUGAACUCUACAAGGUGUUGAAAGCAGGGAUACUGGCCCAUGUUGACUCUACAAGGUGUUGAAAGCAGGGAUACUGGCCCAUGUUGACUCUACAAGGUGUUGAAAGCAGGGAUA